AUGUUCACAGCCUUCUCACAACCACUACUGACAGCUCACGUACUUCCGGCCUUUGGCAUACUUAGCACGCCACCAACAUGUAUCCACAAUUCUCCCUUCUGGAACCAUUUCCCUCAAUUUACGCCCCAGAGAUACCACUCCUUUCCCUACCUUCAUCCUACACUUGCCUCCCUCUAUCACCCUCUACCCCAUCGCUUUGACCACGGUCAAGCCAUCGUCCCUAGUUUCCAGCCUAACCAAGGACCACAAAUCCAACCAUUACCUGUCUUCAUUCCACCUUGUCAUUUCCAACUCUCACCGCCGCACACCUGGUACGGUCCGCUACCCUCAUGGCCAAGCCCCCCUCGCCGCUCUCCUACCGAACCCGUCGCGACCGUCCCCUGGCAAUCAGUCGCCUUACCACCCCCAACACACCUCCAAAUAACCCCAGUACUCAACCUUAACGAAUCCGCUCCCUAUUCACCUCACCUCAUAUGGGAUGUCACUCGCGAUCCUCGAAACUGCAUCCUCCUAGCCCGAAGCCCCUCAAGCCCUCUCGACUGGACUGCACCCGCAUUCAAUGUCGCCGUCACCGAACUUAUCCUUUGCUUCCGCAGUGGGUGGAUGCGAAAUAAACCUAUCAUCGUACGAAAUGUUCCUAGCGCCAGCGCCAGCGCCUUGUCUGUAGGGUUCAUUCUGGAUACGAUAUACCACCAUCUCAGGAACCCUCUAUCUGAUAUGGAUGUCAGGUAUCUUACUGGACAACCAGAAGAUCCUGAUGCGAUGGGAAUGCUGGUAGCAUCUCGGCGGUGGAGAGAGUCGUCUCGCCGAGAUGCAAACUCGGAAUCGGAAGGGUUUCUGUUUGUUGAUGCUCUGGGUCCGAAUAUAUAUUUUCAGGGACUUUGGGUGGUUGGUACUAAUGGACGCGGAUCGUAUACGGUGGAGAUUUGCACUUUGCCGAGGAUUUCAUGA